GCAACGCUUUAGCAGCCUGGUGUACCUUUUCGCAGAUUUAUUCUGAAUCACCGUUGUGGUGUGUUAUUCGCACUAAUUUGUUAAAGGAAGGCAAACCAUACAUUUUGCACAACGUUAUGGAACUGUCACCGGCUAUUUGCGCGUAUACAUUUCUCAUGUUGAUUGCGCACACAGUAUUUGUAUCAACAGCCGUUCCGUGUACCGGCCACCCCCAAGAAAGGUCAUGUGAGGAUUCCGAAUUGGAUUCCGGGACAUGCGUGCAUCAGCGGUUGUUUUGCGACGGAAUUGCGCACUGCGCAAACGGACAUGACGAAAGCAUUUUAUCAUGCAGUCAUAUCAGCAACGUCUUCAUUGACUUCCUGAAGCAAGGCAACGAUCAAGGCAAUUUGACAAGUGCAGAACUGCAACACUCCAUUGAAAUGGACCGAUACAACGAUGGCUACCAUAACGAAGAAGCGGCAUGUGUGCUUACGGAUUUUCCCAUCGGAUGUGAAUGCUAUUACGGAACGUCGCUAACUUGCACGAAUUUGGAUCUGGCAGUAGUGCCACAAAAUAUCUCUCCUCCAAAUCUGGUGGCAAAGCUGAAUCUCACAGGCAACAAUAUCUCGUUCCUAAACUUUAAAACUUUCAUCCGAUACCCGAAUUUGACGGUCAUCACCCUCGCUGAUAACCAAAUUUCAAAAGUUGACAAAGCCGCUUUUGAAGGCUUGCCAAAACUUAAGGCACUGUUUCUGCAGCACAAUAAACUAGAACACUUGGAAGUGCACACAUUUUGCAACCUGAAUAAGCUGAAGCGAUUAGAUUUAUCCUACAAUCAGUUGACAGACUGGAACAAGGAGCUGUUUUGCAAUAACAACUUAUUGGAAGUAUUGACGUUAAGGAGCAAUUUGAUUAGACUGGAAGUUUCGGGAAUGUUCAAGCAUUUGUCGGCAUUGAAGUAUCUGGAGCUGGAUCAUAAUUUAGUAACUAUUCUGGAUGACAACUCUUUUGCCGGUCUCGAAAAACUGGAGCUUGUGAGUUUGAGCAACAACCUUAUCGGUACUAUUGGACAAGGUACCUUCAGCCAGCUGUCGUUGAAUGAUUUAGAUUUGUCCUGGAAUAAAAUCAAAGAGUUUCACGCAAAUCAGUUCGGAAUUCAGCCAUCCCUUAGUGAUUUGAAUCUGGCAUAUAAUCCAGUGCAAAACAUUCCGGAAGAUUUGUUUUACAACAUGAAAAGUUUACGGAAAUUAUCAUUGGAAGGACUGGAAAUUUUUAACGUUUCAAAAAGGAUGUUUACUCAUCCCAAUCUCAAUCUGGAGCACAUUGCUUUUGCUAAGUUCCACUAUUGUGGAUAUGCACCACACGUUAAAAUCUGCACUCCGCAAACAGAUGGAAUUUCGUCUGCAAAAAACUUGCUAGACAGCAUCGUUUUAACUUCGUUCAGCUGGACAAUCGCCAUUGUAGCGAUGAUUGCUAAUGUGUUUGUGCUGGGAGUCCGAUUUUAUCGUUGGAAGAAUACCACGGGGAUGACACGAGUGCACUCAUUAAGCAUCAUUAACUUAACCGUGGCAGACCUUAUAAUGGGGAUAUAUGUACUGAUUAUCUCCGCAGCGGAUGCUUCCUACAAGUCAAUGUACAACCAAUAUUUUCACCAGUGGGUCCACGGGUUUUUGUGCCAGUUUAGUGGAAGCAUGUCGGUGGUUUCGUUCGAUACAAGUGCGUUGUUAUUAGCUUUUAUGGCACUGGAGCGCUAUAUCCGGCUGGUUUAUAAACCUUUUGCCCAGUUUGGAAUGAGUUUAAGGACGGCAGCGGAAUGUAUCGUAUUUUGUUGGAUAGUUGGUCUGAUCACGGGAAUUUUACCGCUCAUAAUGCAGCUGGAUGCUGACGGUGUGCAAGUAUUCUACGGUCAGAACGGUGUUUGCGUUCCCUUGUUCAUUCAUGAACCCUAUUUUAAGGGUUGGUGGCUGUCAUUAACCAUUUUUGUGGUUAUCCCUUCUUUGGCGAUUUCCAUAAUGCUGUAUUGCUACGUGUCGGUGCUUCGUCAUGUUGAAAAAUCUCGGCAAGCAACCGAUCAAAUUCGAGGAGAUCGGCCACACCUUAAUAAACUCAUCGGCAUUACCAUUUCGAAUCUUUUGUGUUGGGUUCCGUUAAUUGUGAUCAAAGCUGUAGCCAUGGCUCAAAUUGCUGUUCCAGGCGAAAUAUACAGCUGGCUUGCAGUGUUCGUGCUACCGUUGAACUGCUGCUUAAAUCCCAUAAUAUAUACUUUCAUGACCCCUGAAUGCAUCUCCCUGAUGAAGAAAAUCUGCUACAAACCGCGCCCGUCUUUGUAUAUUCCAUCGAACACUUCCUUUUUGGGCUCUCGGAAUUCAUCCGUUCGCAACACUACUCUUCGUAAGACUACCGGAGGAAGUCAUUCCAGUUCGACAUUGAACCAUCACUUAUCUCGUCAGUCGUCCGGAUUUUCUCAGCAUAACUCGAUGACGGUCAAGCGCCGCGCUUAUCAGUCCAACUCAGCCGAUCCCACGGUGAAGUCCUCCUACUGGAUCCCACCUCGUCGAUUCCAAAAUUCCAGCUUUAGGGAUCAUAAGGAAUUCACAACCACGUCUUUGGCCAAUGUGCAGAACCCGGAAUCUGUUUUGUACCCACUUCGACCGUUUUCUCCUCAGCCCACUAGCCAUACGCUGACGAGGUCACCAGAAUCCAUCUCUUCGGUCCGAACACUUAGUGUCAAACGCCAAGGAACAAGUUCUAAAAGCGAUACCGCAUACGAUACCUUCGAGAAAUGACGCAUUUAUAAAGGUAAAACUGGAUGCAAAAUGAUUCCUGUCCACGAGCUCUUAAGGUCAUACAAACUUCUCCGCUGAAAGCACAUGUCGUCACUGAUGCACCAUUAUCAUCCCCAAAUUUUACUUAAAAAGUUUUCUUAAUUAGGGAUCGUUGAUGAUCGUGGCAUGUCAGCUUAACUGCAUGUCAUUGAAAAGGUCGGCAUUACAAAUUACAAAAGAAUCGUUACAUUGGCAGUUCUACUGUGCAAAUGCAGUGGUGUUGGCCGGUAUAAUUUUACUGAACAUGUUUUGUGUUUAUUUAUGUCAAACAUGUAUUCAAUUCCAACCUUAUGACGCAUAAUAUGACGCCCUGCGCAUGAGCACGGUUUGAUUUGGUUAAGACAUACUCGUAUAUUAUAACAUUUAGGACAAAUUUAAAAAAUAACCAACAGUUUGUUUCGCAAUGCACAGUGUUCAACCUAAGUGCUUCUAGAUCUAUCUAUUACAAUAAACGCUAAAAUUAUUACUCCUUGGUUUCUUAAAUCAGUUCGA